CUUUCAUAAUCGCGUAUACCGCUCCAUCAAGCUAUCUUGCAACGAAUCGCACACAUACAUUAGAUUAAACAACUUCACUUCAUCGACAAAUCUUCCACGUCCGCCAACAUGCAGCUCAGCCUAUCUACUGCUGUAUUUGCUGGGCUUUGCCUCUCCCUCUCCGCUACCGGGCUUCCUACAGACAAAAUUUCUGCGCCGAUCAUAAUGGACAACAGCCCGAAUGUUGUAUACGAGGCAACCUUGCAGGAUACCAAGAACACCACUGUUCGAGGAUGGCUCACUCUCUGGGCACCACCGAGCAAAGUGGGAGUCAAAGUCCAUGCUGAUUUUUGGGGGCUUCCGGAUGGAGAGCCUUUAUUUUAUCACAUCAACGAGCAUCCCGUAUCCAAGGACGGCAACUGCUACAGCACUGGCGGACGGCUCGAUCCCUACAAGCGUGGAGAAACCCCUGGCUGCGAUACAUCCAAGCCUCACACCUGCCAAGUUGGUGAUCUGUCUGGAAAGCACUCACCACUUUACACCGGCAAGGGUGAAUCAUAUGAGAUUGAAUACACCGACCUCUUUCUUUCGACGGACCCAAAGAAGCUUGCCUUUUUUGGUAAUCACUCGGUUGUUGUCCAGUAUUCCAAUGGUACAAGGCUGAACUGUGCCAACUUUAAGCUGGCACGUCACCAGAGCUUACGGUAGAUUAUCUUUCGAAGGAGGGCAAACUG